UUCAACGUCAGCUGUAAGGAUAAGCUCACUUCUGUCAGUCACACAUUUAUCACCACCUAGAGAAGCUCGUUGGGAAUGAAGGCAACCCAGCUACUUGCCAUCAGGACCUGCUGGGGCCACAGUCACACAAACAGCUUUGUCACCUAACAGCAGAUCAGGCAGCCAAGAACAGCCAGGAACCAAGUCCCAUAGAAAAUGGUUUCAAGCACUGGAGGCCACAUGAUCACAGAGUAUUAUUGGAGCAGAAUAUGUGGUCACUUGGCCAAAGCCUAUGAGAGUCGACAGGCAAGAAACAGGUUCAGCAACCAAAUGGACCUAGAGGCUUGGUAUAGCUUCCAGUGAACAGCAGCCAAUAUUUGGUGGAGGAAGUGAGGCUGUGCCAGGAGCACAGGGCAAAUGCUAUAAGGAGCUGGUUUUGCCUCCCGUCCAUGAACCCAGGGCUUCCUGGGUACAGGGUCAAAUCCUUGGAAUGACUAUGAACCGUGGUGUCUUCAUUGGUGGCCUGUAUUAUGUUGCUUCCGGCCUGAAACCUGCAAUGUACAGCACCGGUAGUGGCUGCUUUGUAGAACUGCCUGGGACACAUGAUUAAAGCCUACGGGAGCUGCCAGGAAGCAGGAUAAAUACAGGUGAGGUGGAUCCAGUAUCCUUGAGCCCCACGACCAUGGACAGAAUGACUAGGGAACAGCCCCUGUCCAGACAAGAGAAGGUGAAGAUUGUGAGCAGUCUCUUGAAGCAGGCCCCACCAGAAGAAUUCUGUGAGGCCUUCAGCGAUCUGCGCCUGCUGGUGGGUGAUGACAGCUUGAUGUGCCAGGAAGCUGCCUCCCUCUGUGCCCUGCACAACAAGCUCCACUUCACCCCAGUCAGGAGGAAGGAGUGUGAGGUGCUGCUGACCCGCCACAACGAGCUGGAGGAAAAACACUUCCUUGACUCCCAGAGACAGGUCUCUUUCAAAUUUGACCACCUGAGGAAAGAGGCAAGUGAUUUUCAGGCUCACCCACAGGAAGAUGAGAAAGGUGAGGCAUGGAGAAGGGCCCUCUAUGAGGGCCUGAAAGCAUACGUCAGCAGCCACUAUCCUGGGGGAAUUUGCAGUGUCUUCAUCAAGGAUACAGCAAUCCGGAAAAUCCUCAUCGCCUGCAUUGCGGGUCGUCUGCACCGACCCUCAGCCUUCUGGAAUGGCCUGUGGAAAUCAGAGUGGACUUUCACCUUGAGUCCCACUUCCACUUCCACCCAAGUGACCGGGACCAUCAUGGUGCAGGCUCACUACUUUGAGGAUGGCAACAUACACUUGACAGUGUGCAAGGAUGUGGCAGAGAGUCUGCCUGUCACCACGGAGACCCAGACCUCCCAGGACUUUGUGAAACUGCUGGAGGAUGCAGACAACCGGUUCCAGGAUGGGCUGAUGGAAGAAUACCAGAGGAUGAGCAAUACCCACUUGAAGGCUUUCCGAAGACAGCUGCCCAUCACCCACAGCAUGAUCAACUGGGAGAAAAUAGUGACAGCUAAGAUAGUGGAGGCACCUGCUGCCCAAUGAAAGGCCAGUUUGUAUGGGAUCUCUGAAUAAAGUGUUCAGGGAAGGGAGAAAGUACUAAACAUCCUAUAAAAUAAAUAGAGAAAAGAAAAAUUGAAAAAAAAAAAAAAAAAAGAUAAAACGAAGGCCAGAAGAGUUCUGUGGUGUCAAGAGCCAGGGUGCUCUCCUGGGGGGUUGGGAGAUCCAAGUGGAGGUUUUCUGCUGACCACAGGAUAAGUGCUCACACAGAUCAAACGCAGUCACAUUGUGUGUCAGCUUGUUGAUAAAGUGGAGGGAGUUCUAAGAAAAGAAACCAAAUUGAUGAGUGGGCUUCAGAGAGAGAGUGUGAUUUCAUGAUAGAGCACUGGACAGCACAUGCCCUCUGUCUCCCCACCUCUCAGGUUCUUCAAUACACAAGACCCUAGUUACAUAGUACACCUGUUCUCGGGGACUAGUUUAUUAGCAUAUCAUAACUUAAACAGUCUCUCUUCCCAAUCCCUCAGUGGGACAUGGUUCUUCCUUUCUGUGGCCUGGCUGCUUUGCCCUUUCAAGCCAUCUUUCUCUUCUCAGCCUACCAGACAAAUACAGUUUCUCAGUUUCCCACUAGAUAAAUGCAAUUCCUCCUUCCCAAAGUCUGGUCUUCAGUUGUCCACAGCCAAACUUACAACCUCAGCUUCUCCAGCUUGUUCCCUGAAUCACAGAAUAUCAGGUUGGAAGGGACCUCAGGAGAUCAUCUAGUUCAACCCCCCACUCAAAGCAGGACCAACACCAACUAAAUCAUCCCAGCCAGGGCUCUGUCAAGCCUGACCUUAAAAACCUCUAAAGAAGGAGAUUCCACCACCUCCCUAAGUAACCCAUGCCAGUGCUUCUCCACCCUCCUAGUGAAAUAGUUUUUCCUAAUAUCCAACCUAAACUUCCCCCACUGCAAUUUAAGACCAUUACUUGUUCUGUUACCACCAUUACUCUGCUACCACUGAGAACAGUCUAGAUCCAUCCUCCUUGGAAUUCCCUUUCAGAUAGUUGAAAUCAGCUAUCAAAUCCCCCCUCAUUCUUCUCUUCUGCAGACUAAACAAUCCCAGUUCCCUCAGCCUCUCCUCAUAAGUUAUGUGCUCCAGCCCCUUAAUCAUUUUUGUUGCCCUCUGCUGGACUCAUUCCCAUUUUCCCACAUCCUUCAUGUAGUGUGAGGCCCAAAACUGGACACAGUACUCCAGAUGAGGCCUCACCAAUGUCGAAUCGAGGGGAAUGGUCAUGUCCCUCAAUCUGCUGGCGAUGCCCCUACUUAUACAGCCCAAAAUGCUGUUAUCCUUCUUGGCAACAAGGGCACACUGUUGACUCAUAUGCAGCUUCUCGUCCACUGUAACCCCUAGGUCCUUUUCUGCAGAACUGCUGCCUAGCCAUUUGGUCCAUAGUCUGUAGCCAUGCAUGGAAUUCUUCCAUCCUAAGUGCAGGACUCUGCACUUGUUCUUGUUGAACCUCAACAGAUUUCUUUUAGCCCAAUCCUCUAAUUUGUCUAGGUCCUUCUGUGUCCUACCCUUACCCUCCAGCACAUCUACCACGCUUCCCUGUUUAGUGUCAUCUGCAAACUUGCUGAGGGUGCAGUCCACCUCAUCCUCCAGAUCAUUAAUGAAGAUAUUGAACUGAUAUUGACUGACCCUUGGGGCACUCUGCUUGAUACUGGCUGCCAACUAGACAUGGAGCCAUCGAUCACUACCUGUUGAGCCUGACGAUCUAGCCAGUUUUCUAUCCACCUUAUGGUCCAUUCAUCCAGCCCAUACUUCUUUAACUUGCUGGCAAGAAUACUGUGGGAUACCGUAUCAAAAGCUUUGCUAAAGUCAAGGAAUAACAGGUCCACUACGUUCCCCUCAUCCACAGAAACAGUUAUCUUGUCAUAGAAGGCAAUUAGGUUAGUCAGGCAUGACUUGCCCUUGGUGAAUCCAUGCUGACUGUUCCUGAUCACUUUCCUCUCCUCUAAGUGCUUCAGAAUUGACUCCUUGAGGACCUGCUCCAUGAUUUUUCCAGGGACUGAGGUGAGGCUGACUGGCCUGUAGUUUCCCGGAUCUUCCUCCUUCCGUUUUUUAAAGAUGGGCCUUUUUCCAGUCAUCUGAGUCCUCCCCCAAUAGCCAUAAUUUUUCAAAGAUAAUGGCCAAUGACUCUGCAAUCACAUCCACCAACUCCUUUAGCACCCUCGGAUGCAGUGCAUCCGGUCCCAUGGACUUGUGCUCAUCCAGCUUUUCUAAAUAGUCCUGAACCACUUCUUUCUCCACAGAGGGCUGGUCACCUCCUCCCUAUGCUGUGCUUCCCAGUGCAGUAUGGGAAGCUGCUGGGAGCUGACCUUGUUUGUGAAGACAGAGGCAAAAAAAGCAUUGAGUACAUUAGCUUUUUCCACAUCCUCUGUCACUACGUUGCCUCCCUCAUUCAGUAAGGGGCCCACAUUUUCCUUGAUUUUCUUCUUGUUGCUAACAUACCUGAAGAAACCCUUCUUGUUACUCUUAACAUCUCUUGAUAUCUGCAACUCCAAGUGUGAUUUGGCCUUCCUGAUUUCACUCCUGCAUGCCCGAGCAAUAUUUUUAUACUCCUCCCUGAUCAUUUGUCCAAUCUUCCACUUUUUGUAAGAUUCUUUUUUAUUUUUAAGAUCAACAAGGAUUUCACUGUUAAGCCAAGCUGGUUGCCUGCCAUAUUUACUAUUCUUUCUGCACAUCGGGAUGGUUUGUUCCCGCAACCUCAAUAAGGAUUCUUUAAAAUACAGCUAGAUCUGCUGGACUCCUUUUCUCCUCAUGCUAUUCUCCCAAGGGAUCCUGCCUAUCAGUUCCCUGAGGGAGUCAAAGUCUGUUUUUCUGAAGUUCAGGGUCUGUAUUCUGCUGCUCUCCUUUCUUCCUUGUGUCAGGAUCCUGAACUCAGUCAUUUCAUGGUUACUUCCUCCCAGGUUCCUAUCCACUUUUGCUUCCCCUACUAAUUCUACCUGGUUUGUGAGCUGCAGGUCAAGAAGAGCUCUGCCCCUAGUUGGUUCCUCUAGCACUUGCACUAGGAAAUGGUCCCCUACACUUUUCAAAAACUUCCUGGAUUGUCUGUGCAUCGCUGUAUUGCUCUCCCAGCAGAUAUCAGGGUGAUUGAAGUCUCCCAUGAGAACCAAGGCCUGUGAUCUAGUAACUUCUGUUAGUUGCUGGAAGAAAGCCUCAUCCACCUCAUCCUCCUGGUCUGAUGGUCUAUAGCAGAUUCCCACCACGACAUCACCCUUGUUGCUCACACUUCUAAACUUAAUCCAGAGACUCUCAGGUUUUCCUGCAGUUUCAUACCAGAGCUCUGAGCAGUCAUACUGCUCUCUUCCAUACAAUGCAACUCCCCCAUCUUUUCUGCCCUGGCUAUUCUUCCUGAACAGUUUAUAUCCAUCCAUGACAGUGCUCCAGUCAUGUGACUUAUUCCACCAAGUCUCUGUUAUUCCAAUCACAUCAUAAUUCCUUGACUUUGCCAGG